CGACGAAGAGGUCUGUUAUCAAGUCUACAAUGCCGUCACCGAAUCUACCCCACCACUCCGACCGGUCGCAUCUUCCCUCCAACAAACGGCGGAGCUUCUCAGUACAGACAGUUUCGUGAAUUCCUCUGAAUACCGCAAAUACAUGGGCUGUUUGCUGGAAGAUGAACUUGGGGUUUUGUAGAUUGGUGUUCCUAGUUUAUGAAACGGUUUUUAGGAGGUGUGGCAGAGCUUGAGACGGCAUCCGAGGUCUUCCAGUGCACUGAAGGAACCAGUCUACUUUUCCGUGAUGGAUGGAAUAGAUGGCCAGAAGAUGCAAAUAAGACGGGCGUUCUAAGCUGGUUCGCAAAAUCCAGCAAGAAGCUAGCGGGAUUUGCAGAUAAGUAUAUACCAAACUCGGUAUAUCAACGAAGACCAUUAGCACAGCCUAACUAGCUGAUUCAGGGUUCGCUGGCGGAGCGUAAAUUGGACGUUAGCUUCGUGAAUGACCCUAACGCGAGUAAGGAAUGUAGAUGCCACUGGUCGCAGAUCCUACUACCUGGAGGCUUAAGAACAGCCUAUCAGCCGAUAUGCCUUCAAAGGCAUAGGUCGAUAGUAGGAGAUAUGCGAGAAGUGCUCGCUGCUGAAGUAGCUAUUCUUCUAGGUACUGCC